AUGAACACGAACAGUAUCAAACCGUUCUACAGGUAUAAUGACAUCAUAUGUAUUGACGCAACACGUGUUGUAUUGAAAGGCCGUCCUCCAGAAGAUGAUUACAUUAAUGCCAGUUGGAUGACUAUGCCUGAUGGACAAAAGUAUAUCUGCACACAGGCAUGUUUACUACGUUACCUUACAAUUAAGGGCCCUCUGCUUGAAUUCGUUGGUGAUUUUUGGCACAUGGUCACAUCUGAGAAGAGUAAUGUUAUCGUCAUGUUGUGCAACUUCAAUGAAGGUAAACAUGAGAAAUGCUGCUUCUACCUACCGAAGGAAAAGCGAGACAUUGGAUAUUUCGGCGAGUUCAAAGUUGCCGUGAAAGAAAUAAAGCCAGACCCUUACGAUGGCAUAAAGCACACUGUAUUGGAAGUUAAAUGGGAAAGAAGGAAUCUAAAACUGGAGUUUCAGGAAGGCGCACUUCCUCGUGAUACAACAUUUAACGACUACUUGGACAGCUACGUUUCAAUGAUCAAGCGGUACAAUAAAAGAGUAGAGCAGAAAGAAAAGGAACGCGAAAAAACCGAAGCAUAA